AUGACAGGCGCGGAAGUAAUUAGUGCGGCAUCUGGGCUAGCAAGUCUUUUUACCACGACUAUUACCUGGUUUGACUAUAUCUAUGUUGCCAGAAAGGCGGCCCCACGACUACAGUCCCUGAUCGUGAAGCUUGGCAGUGCGCAACUGAGACUAACGCGCUGGGGCCAGGCUGUCGGUCUCACAGGCUCAGAUAUCGAAGACGAGGAAUCGCUGAAAAGCUCGGGCUCAUUCCAGCUCGACGAGGAGCAGGAGGAUCAGGCUAUACGGAUAUUUCGGAUCUUAGUGACUCUUUUCGAAGAGUCCAAGAAAAUCUGUCACAACGAACGCAAAGGAAAGCCCGAGGGUGACCCUGAAGUGACGGCGAACGAAAUAAAGCCGUUCGGCCAGGAUGGCUUUAAGUGGAGCGCUAUGCACCGUUACCUUCACGAGACAAUGCAAAAAAUCGUCCACGAGCGCAGAAACAAGAUGUCAGUUCCUCGACUCUUCAAGUUCGCUAUUUAUGACGAGAAGCAUCUUGAGAAGCUGGUGAAGGACAUCAAUGACCACAUUGAUGCACUGUACCAAAUUUACACUCCGUCUGCGAGCGAUGAAGAAGAGGCGGGCAAGGAGGAAAUGGAUAAGCUUCUCAAAGUCAUGAAGGAAUUGCGCUCUGCAUCGGAGCGGGAUCCAGUGAUGAACACGGCUGUUAAGAAUAUAUUGGAGCAAAGUGUAAGUGGAGGUCGAUCUUAUUCUCCUAUCUUCAACUUAUCAUCAUGUUGUUGA